CCCUUGUGGACAUAUUUAGAUUCUUUGAUAUUGAUUUUUUAUUGUUUGAUCCUUUUCUUUCCCUUUUUCUUCUGUCUCUCUUUCAUAUCAUAAUCAGUGAAGAGGAGCAUGACACUAAACCUUAAGCCAGUCGGAUAUUAUGACCAAGAGAAUGGUGGGCAAGUUCCAAUCUUCAAACCGACUUUUGAGGAGUUCAAAGAUUUUAGGGUAUUUACACAAAGCAUUGAUCAUUAUGGUCGGAAAGCGGGUAUUGUCAAAGUCAUUCCACCACCAGAAUGGAGGAAGGAUGUAUUUGAAUCUUGUGCAGAAAAAAUUGAUGAAAUCACCAUCACAAAGCCAAUUACGCAGCAUAUACUAGGUAGCCGAGGAUUGUUCCUUCAAACCAACGUCGAAAAGAGAAAGAAAUUUAAAGUGGAGGAAUGGUUCAGUUUAUGUCAAAGGGCUGAAAAUCGUCCACCAAAGAUCAACCGCACGAAGUCAACGCCGAAAAUGAACCUCGCUGCUACAGCGAUUAAGACUGAUAGAAAGCAUAAAAUUGACCAGAUAGCAUCACAUAAUGCUAUUGCUACUUCAAUGUUCAUUGAUAAUAGUCAAGAUGCUCGAUUCCCAAUUGAUUAUGUAUCGGAAACGUGUCACUUAAGUGUAGAUCAGUAUAAAGAAUAUGAAAGAAAUUACUGGAGAAAUAUUACAUUUAAUCAGCCAUUAUAUGGUGCUGAUAUGUCAGGAACAUUAUUUGAUACAACAAUUGAGCAUUGGAAUCCUAAUAAUUUGGAUAAUCUGCUAAACACGAUGAAGGAAACACUUCCCGGCGUGAAUAAGCCAUAUCUAUACUUUGGUAUGUGGAAAGCAACUUUUCCAUGGCAUGUGGAGGAUUUGGAUCUCUACUCUAUCAAUUAUAUACAUUUUGGUGCUCCUAAACAAUGGUAUACAAUUCCUACUUCCUCAUAUCAAAAAUUCGAAAAGUUUAUGCAAAAUACAUUUUACCAACAUUAUAAAGGCUGCCAUGAAUUCUUACGACACAAAACAUUUAUUGUUUCGCCCAAGGUUCUGGAAGAGAAUAACAUACCUUUUCAAAGAUGCGUUCAACAACCAGGCGAAUUCAUGAUUACUUACCCGUAUGGCUAUCAUGCAGGAUACAACUUGGAUUUCAAUUGUGCAGAAAGUGUUAAUUUUGCUACAGAAGCUUGGUUAGACAUCGGCAAACGGGCAAAACGAUGCACUUGUUUAGAUGAUGAUUCAGUAAGAAUAGACGUCACUUCCUUGUUUGGACGACAGCACGAUGAGGAAGAGAACAGUACUUAUGAUAUUAGUCACAGCAACAAACCAAGCAGUGCCAGCAGACGUUCUAAGGAUAUGAAUAGAAAAAAAAGAAAACUAAUGAUGGACAAUAGCAGCAUCAACAGUACAUUAUGUAAACUUUGUUCGUCGAAUAAUAAGACGUUACCUCUGCUCCAAUUAGCCGACAAUGUUAUUGACAAGGUACACCAAUUAUGUGCGGAAGCUAUACCUGAAAUACAUAUCAAGGGCAACGUAGUGUACGGUAUCGAUCGAAUACCCAAAUCAAGGUGGAAUUUGACCUGCACCAUUUGCAAGCAAAAAACAGGAGCUUGUAUACAAUGCUGCAUUGGUAAAUGUUAUAGAGCCGUUCAUGCCACUUGCGUGUUGAAUACAAAUGGUACUAUGGAGCGACUAUCCAACCGUGACCUUUUAUCUCAACAUUCACUAUACAAUACGUAUUGUCCUUUACAUGAUCCGAAACGGAUUGCUGAACGACGAAUCGAACAAGAAUACGCUUUUGAAGAGCUAAGUAAGAAAUUUCAAGCGAAUCGAGAUAUUUACAUCAAAUGGACAGGAGGUGAUUAUGAAAAAGGCAUUAUUGAAGAAUGUAUUCCGGACAAAAAGAUGUGUCGAGUGCUGUUAACGGAUGGGCUUGUUCGGAAAAUCAGAUGGACAUAUUUAUCCUUUGAUCCCCCACAAUCAACACUAAACGCAACUUAAAAAUUUUAUUGUUUUUGAUUAAUAUUUACAUUCACUUAUUCUCUAAUGGCUUUCAUAUUUUCAUCGACUUUACUGCUAUGUAUUUCAAAUGCUUUACGAUUACUAGCACCAUUAAUUAAUUGUAUGGCAAUAUCAUUAUCAGUACUGUUAUAG